AGAAUGUUGAACUCUCAAAGCUGGAAUGAUCUACGUUCAUGAGUGCCACUUGGCUUUAGUAGAAACAUUACUGUGUGUGUUUAAAGGUGGUAGGAAGCUCAUGUUUUUUCAGCCAAGCUGCAAGGUAGAUGGGCGGUGUUAACUGGAUCACGAGGGGAAUGAAAAUGUUUUCCAAGGAGCUUUUGAACAUUUCUGGAGUGGCGAUGAACUCGGGUAAAAGUGUGGCUGAGGCUCACAAACUUUCCAAUCAGAUUUGGAAAUUUGAGACAUGAGAGUACGGUACUGUUUUUGUUUCUUUUUUUUAUCAACUCCAAGAUGCUUUGGUGACAUCACGCUGGCAACUGGAUUGUUUGGCCUUUGAGAGAAUAGCAAUGGCUACAACGGCCCUGACUGGUUUCUCCAUGAUGAGUCUUCUCAGUCUAGGAUACCUGACCUGGGAUUCAAAUGGUCCCAAUCAGGUGGAAAAAGAGCCAGGUCAGACUUUUGGUGCGGGGUCUCUGGGUCCAAAGCCUCCUCAUAUAAUCUUCAUCAUGACAGAUGAUCAGGGAUUCAACGAUAUAGGCUAUCACAGCUCUGAUAUAAAGACACCGGUGCUGGAUAAGUUGGCAGCUGAUGGGGUGAAGCUGGAGAAUUAUUACAUCCAGCCAAUAUGCACUCCAUCCCGAAGCCAAUUCAUCACUGGAAGGUAUCAGAUUCACACAGGUCUCCAGCAUUCCAUCAUCCGACCCCGCCAGCCAAACUGUCUUCCCUUCCAACAUGUCACCCUCCCCCAGAGACUGCAGGAGCUUGGGUAUUCCACUCACAUGGUAGGCAAGUGGCACUUGGGCUUUUACAAGAAGGAGUGCCUGCCAACACGUCGUGGCUUUGACACAUACUUUGGCUCCCUGACCGGUAGUGUCAACUACUACACCUACAACUCCUGUGACGGUCCGGGCCUCUGUGGUUUCGACCUCCACGAAGGUGAGACUGUAGCGUGGGGUGAGAGGGGAAAGUACUCCACCCAUUUGUACACACAGAGGGUCCGCAAAAUUCUGGCAAGACAUGAUCCCAGCGUGCAGCCGCUCUUUAUCUACCUUUCCUUUCAAGCCGUUCAUACGCCCUUGCAGUCCCCGCGGGAGUACAUCUAUCCGUACCGAGGGUUGGGCAACGUGGCCCGCAGAAAGUAUGCUGCCAUGGUCUCUGUGGUGGAUGAGGCAGUUCGAAAUAUAACAUACGCCCUCCGUAAGUAUGGCUACUAUCAAAACAGCGUCAUCAUUUUUUCUACGGACAACGGCGGACAACCACUGUCCGGCGGCAACAAUUGGCCACUUCGGGGGCGUAAAGGCACCUACUGGGAAGGUGGAGUCCGAGGCUUGGGAUUUGUCCACAGUCCUCUGUUGAGGAGAAAGAGGAGGGUGAGCAAAGCCCUGAUGCACAUCACUGACUGGUACCCUACACUUGUACGCCUGGCAGGUGGCAACGAGUCCCUUACAAAAGGGGUUGAUGGAUUUGAUGUCUGGGAUGCCAUCAGUGAGGGUAAGGAGUCUCCCAGAUUGGAAAUCCUACACAACAUCGACCCUCUCUAUAACCGUGCCCGCAGCGGCUCCUUGCAGAAGGGACAUGGGAUUUGGAAUACAGCCGUGCAGGCCUCAAUCCGAGCUGGAGACUGGAAAUUGCUGACCGGAGAUCCUGGUUACGGAGACUGGACACCACUGCAGGUCCUUCCGAGCUUCCCUGUCGGCUGGUGGAACCUUGAGCGGCACACUGAACCCAAGAAAUCAGUAUGGCUUUUCAAUAUCUCUGGAGACCCCUAUGAACGUUGUGACCUCUCAGAGCAGAGACCAGAUGUGGUCAAAGAGUUGAUGGCGAGACUGGUGUACUACAACCGUACUGCCGUCCCAGUACGGUACCCAUCAGAGGACCAACGGGCUGACCCCCGGCUGAAUGGUGGUGCCUGGGUUCCAUGGAUGGCUGAUGAGGAAGAAGACAGCCAGGACACAUUUUAUCCAAAGAAGAAUAUGGACUGGAAGAAAAAGAUUAAACUGUCUCAUAGUAGAUCAUUUUUCAAGAGACUCAACACUAGGAUCAUGUCCAACAGGAUAUGACUAUAUAAAAGCAAGACACGUGAAUAUCACAGAUUCAGGGCUCUAUUUUGGAAGAAUGGCAUGAGUGCGGUCGGCGCAACAUGGGCCUAACUUCAUAUUCUUGAUGACGGUUUCCCUCGCCCCAGACUCAUCCGACAAUUUGGUAACAAAGUCAUGGUAAAUCCAAGAAAAAAAAGGCUGCAGUGGAAUUCUGGAAAAUGAGUGAUCAUGUGGAAGACAAUUUUCAACACAGAUUAAAUUAAAACAGCAAAUAUGACUCUGAGUGCAAUCAUGUUUUCUGAGCUGUAGUAAAUUCAAGUGCUUAUAAUAAAUCAACCUUACUUGAA